GGCGGGGCGUGAGCAGGCCGCGGCUUUGUGCCCCGAUGGAGUUCCCCGAGCACAGCCGGCAGCUGCUGCGGGGGCUGCGCGAGCAGCGCUCCCGGGGGAUCCUGUGCGAUUGCACGGUGCUGGUGGGCACCGCGCCGUUCCCCGCGCACCGCGCCGUGCUGGCCGCCUGCAGCUCCUUCUUCCACCUGUGCUACGCCGAGCCGGGCGGCGCGGGAGGAGCGCGGGGCGCCGUGGUGGCGCUCAACAGCGACAUCGUCACCGCGCCGGCCUUCGCGCUGCUGCUCGAGUUCAUGUACGAGGGGCGGCUGGCGCUGGCGGCGCCGCUGGAGGACGUGCUGGCCGCCGCCUCCUACCUGCACAUGAACGACGUGGUCAAGCUGUGCAAGAAGAAGCUGCAGGCGCGGGGCCCGGCCGAGGCCGACAGCACCAAGCGGGAGGAAGAGGAGGAGGAGGAGGACGCGCCCAGCCCGCCCCCGCCGCAGCCGCCGCCGCCGCAGCCCCCGCAGCUGCUCCCGGAGGAGGCGCCGGAGCCGCCGCUGGUGGACGCGGCCGACACGACCCAGCCCGGGGUGGGGGUCGGCGUGGAGCGACCCCCGCCCAGCCCCAGCAGCUCCAGCGAGGCCGCGCCGGGGCCCGGAGCCGCCGCUGCCGCCGCCGCCGCCGUUCCCCUCCCUCCAUCCGCGGGCGGGGGUCCCUGGGCCGCGCCCCCCGUGCCCAUCAAAGCCGAGGCCAUCGUGAUCUCGGACGAGGAGCCCGACGGUUCCCGCCGCCCCCCUGCGCCCCCUCCCCCGCCGCCACCGCCGCCGCCCCCAGCCCCGGCCCCGGCCCGAGCGGCGCAAUUCGGGGAGGGGGCGGCGCUGGGCGCGGCGGCGCUGGGGGGGCUGCGGGAGCCGCUGUUCCUGGCGCCGCUGGAGCCCCGCGGGAGCUUCGGGCUCUUCGCCGAGGAGGCGCCGACGUGCCCGACGUGCGGGAAAACGUUCUCGUGCUCGUACACGCUGCGGCGGCACGCCACCGUGCACACCCGCGAGCGGCCCUACGAGUGCCGCCACUGCCUGCGCUCGUACACGCAGAGCGGGGACCUGUACCGGCACGUCCGCAAGGCGCACAGCCACGGCGGGCCCGCCCGCGGCCACCGCGAGCCCAACCGCGACGGCGACAACCCGCCCUGACCGCCGCCGCACCCGCCCGGGCACCGGCACCGAGCGAGCCGAGCCGAGCCGGGCCGGGCGGGGCUUGGAUGGGGACAGCGGGAUGGGGACGAUGCUCUGACCGGGACACCGGAAUGGGGACAGCCGCUCUUACCGGGGAACCGGGAAU